AUGGAGGCACUGGUACUGACUCUGCUUGGACUGCAGACAGUGAUGGGAAUAGGACACUGGUGUGAACACACGGUGGAGGAGAGAGUGGAGCGAGUCCUGGCACCACGUCUGCAGCUUGAAGUGAGCUGUUCUGAGGUGUACCAGUAUAACACCCAGGGCUGGAGGCUGGAUGUGGACAGGAUGCGUGUUAAGCAUGGGGGGGAUGAUGGCAUCGCACUCUACUACAAACAGCAGGGUCCCAAGGCAUCCUGCUUCUUGUACAAGCCGCCAGAGAUGGAGAGCCAGAUGGUGAACAAGACAGUAAGGGCAUGCUGUGAGGGGUGGGGCGGAACACACUGCUCUGAGGGUGUGGGAGUGCGUGGCCAAUGCUACUCUACGUGGAGUUGUGAGGACUUCCCCGGAGUCCACAACUCGUCCCUGAUGCCGAUGGAGCAGUGCUGCAGCAGCCUGUGGGGGCUGAGUUGGAAGAACGCAUCAGACCAGACUUGCUUGUCUUGCACAUACACUCUCCUUCCAGACUCUCAGUCCUCCCCCCUGGUGCGUGGGGGUCUGCUGGGUAGCAUCAGGGCCCCUCAGGGCUCAGCCACCUGUAUGUCCUGGGGUGGUACCCAUUAUCGCACUUUUGACAGGAAGCACUUCCACUUCCAGGGCAGCUGCACUUACCUGCUGGCCUCAUCUACUGAUGGGACGUGGGCAGUCUAUAUCAGUACAGUGUGUGAUGGGAGAGGAGACUGCAGUAAGGCUCUAAGACUGAUGCUGGGUUUAGAUUUGGUGUCAAUUCAGAACAGGAACUUAACGCUGAACAACCUCUAUGUCCCAAAUGGAGACCCACUCUUCCAAAAUGGAGUAAGUGUCCAUUGGCUGGGGGAUUUUGUGUUUGUGGAGAGCGGCCUGGGGGUUAGAGUGAAGUUUGACUUGGCCAAUACAGUCUACCUAACUGUGACCGCUGAACAUCUGGCAACCACCAGGGGGCUCUGUGGCGUCUACAACGACAACGCUGAUGAUGAUUUCACCACAAUGGGUGGAACGGUGUCCCAGUUUGCUGCCAGCUUUGGCAACUCAUGGAAAGUUCCUGACCAGCAGAAUGAAGGCUGCAGCGAUGCGGCUGAGCUCGGUCACAGCUGCGAUGUCUCUGGAGAUGCGGUCCUACGCAGGCAAGCUGAGUCCAUUUGUCACCGACUGCUGGAAGACAGCUUCACACACUGCCACCCCCGGGUGGACCCAGCAGCGUACGUAGACACCUGUCUGUACCUGUACUGUAGCCUUCCACCUAGAGAGAGGGAUGCAGCAGUGUGUGACACUUUGGCAAGCUAUGCCCGAGAGUGUGCCCAGCAGCACGUCAUCAUAACUUGGAGAACGGCCACUCUAUGUGCUCGUGUCUGUCCCAGAGAUCAGGUCUUUUCGGACUGUGUGUCCUCAUGUCCCCCCAGCUGUGCAUCUCAGCAACUCCCUGGGCCCGCUGCAGCUGUGGGCCAGUGUAGGGAGGAGUGUGUAGGAGGCUGCGAGUGUCCACCGGGCCUCUACGUCCACCAGGGCCUCUGUCUGAAAAGAGACGACUGUCCAUGUUUCCAUCGCAGACGCACCUACCAAUCAGGCGACAGGAUACAGCAGAGAUGCAACAUCUGUGUGUGCAGAGCAGGUCAAUGGCAGUGUACUGGGGAGAAGUGCGCGGCCCAGUGCAGCCUGAUGGGAGCGCUACAGGUCACCACCUUUGACAAAAAGAGAUAUUCGCUACAGGGUGGGGACUGUUCCUUCACCGCUGUGGAGGACUUUGUUGACAGGAAGCUGGUGGUGAGUGUGCGCUGUGGGGAGUGCACAGCAGGAGGUGGUGGUGGUGGUGGUGGUGGUGGCGGCAGAGGAGGACUAGGUUGUCUAAGGGAGAUGUUGGUCACAGCACUUCGCACCACAGUUACCAUCACAGACACUGGCACAGUGACAAUGAAUGGCCAGAGGGAGGCGUUACCCGUGGUGACAGGGGACCUGGUGGUGCGAAGGGCCUCCUCCUCCUUUCUCCUCAUCCAGACGUUUGGAGCUCAGCUGCUCUGGCACCUAGAUGGACCCCUGAUCCUCAUUACUUUGCAGCCUGGCUUUGCAAACAAGGUGCGCGGCCUGUGUGGAACGUUGACCUGGAACCAGCAUGAUGACUUCACUACCCCAGAAGGAGACGUGGAGAAUAGUGUAUCAUCCUUUGCUGGGAAAUUCACUACAGAGCAUUGUACUCUACCUAGAGGAGCACCGCCUGACCCCUGCACCACAUACACCCAGAGGAGACGCUAUGCAGAGACAGUGUGCUCCGUCAUACACAGCCCCAUAUUCCAAGCGUGUCAUGACGUGGUGGAGAGGGAGCCCUAUGUCCGCCUCUGUCUGACGGAGGUUUGCGGCUGUGCUCCACAGAGGGUGUGUCACUGCACCAUCCUCACCGCCUAUGCCCGACACUGUGCCCAGGAGGGUGUAGCUGUCCACUGGCGCAACCACACCUUCUGCUCCGUCAAGUGUUCAGGCGGCCAAGUGUACCAGGAGUGUGGUCAUGCAUGCAGGGGUGCAUGUUCAGACCUACGUCAGGGCUGGAAUUGUGAUGAUGGCGGUGUUGGUGGUGGAACAGGCUUCAGGAUGUGUGUUCCAGGUUGCCAGUGCCCAUCAGGACUAGUGCAGGACGACCAGGGCCAGUGUGUGCCCAUCGCUAUGUGCCCCUGUGUGCAAGGAGACAGAACGUAUUCGCCUGGGGCUGUUGUUCAGAACAACUGUAACACCUGUGUGUGUGAGCAUGGGUUGUUUAACUGCACCAAAGAGCACUGUGAGGAGGUGAACCAGUGUCCCGGCUCUCUGGUUUACUCUCCACGCUCCUGCCUACUCACCUGCUCCAGCCUGGACCCCCCUAGUCAACAGCAGGGGUCCAGUGUCUCACAGCCAAGCUGCAGAGAGCCCUUGUCUGGCUGUGUGUGUCCUCAGGGAACUGUGCUACUAGGUGAUCGCUGUGUCCUGCCAGAUGAGUGUCCAUGUCGCCAUAAUGGUCGACUCUACUACACUAACGACACCAUCACUAAAGACUGCAACACAUGUGUGUGUAAGGAGCGACGCUGGCACUGCAGCCAGUCCACCUGUGGCGGUGUGUGUGUGGCAACCGGUGACCCACAUUAUGUGACAUUUGACGGACGCUGCUUCUCUUUCCUGGGCGACUGCCAGUACGUGCUGGCGAGGGAGACCAGCGGUUUAUUCAGCGUCACUGCAGAGAACGUGCCCUGCGGGAGCACUGGGGUCACCUGUACAAAAUCAGUCACCCUCAGCCUGGGGAACACCAUCAUACACCUGCUGAGAGGUAAAGCUGUGACAGUCAACGGGAUGCCAGUUACUCUACCAAAGACCUACAGUGGCAGUGGUCUGACUUUGGAGCAAGUGGGACUGUUUGUCUCACUCUCCUCUCAACUUGGAGUGACUCUGCUCUGGGAUGGCGGUAUGCGUGUGUACGUGCGUCUGGCAGCACAUCUGCGGGGCCGGGUCGGGGGCCUGUGCGGCAACUUUGACGGCGACACAGAGAAUGACUUCACAACGCGACAAGGCAUAGUGGAGUCCACACCCGAGCUGUUUGGCAACUCCUGGAAGGUCAGCCCCUCCUGCCCUGAUGUAGCAGACCAGGACCUCCGAGACCCCUGCACUCUGAACCCAUACAGAGUGACAUGGGCCAAGAAAAGAUGUGCAGUCCUGACUCAGGAGCUCUUCUCUCAGUGCCACCCUGAGGUGCCCUUCCAGCAGUAUUAUGACUGGUGUGUCUUUGAUGCUUGUGGCUGUGAUUCAGGUGGGGACUGUGAGUGUCUCUGUACAGCCAUUGCUGCCUAUGCUGAGGAGUGUAACCGCAGAGGGGUCUACAUCCGCUGGAGGUCCCAAGAGCUAUGUCCUCUGCAGUGUGACAACGGGCUGGUGUACAAUCCCUGCGGUCCAGCUUGCUCCCCCUCCUGUCCCACUGUGCAGAAGAGUCCACACUCCCAGUGCGGUGUCCUCUCCUGUGUGGAGGGAUGCUUCUGCCCUGCUGGCACUGUCCGACAUGGUGACAGCUGCGUAGUUUCCACCCAGUGUCCGUGUGAGUGGGAGGGCUCCAUGUUUCCACCUGGAACUAGCAUCACUCAAUACUGCCAGAACUGUUCCUGUGAGGAUGGUGCGUGGCAGUGUGAGGGUGUGGCUUGCCCUCGUCCUUUCCCCUCCUGUCAGGAAUCAGACUUUACCUGUGCUGGGGGUCGCUGCAUCCCUUCUCAGUGGGUGUGUGACAAUGAGGAUGACUGUGGCGACGGUUCAGAUGAGAUUUGUCCAUCCACUUACUGUGGCGUGGUGUGUGAUGAAGGAGAGUUCCUGUGCGCUGGAGGACGCUGUAUCCUCUACCUCCACCGCUGUGAUGGACAUGAUGACUGCGGGGACCUUAGUGAUGAGAGGGGGUGUGUCUGUGCACCAGGGGAGUUUCAGUGCCCCGGGGAUCAGUGCCUCCCUGCAGACAGAGUGUGUGAUGGACGCAGAGACUGUACAUCUGGAACAGACGAAGCUGUCUGUCCAAGUAAAGUGACCUGUGCUCCCGACCAGUUUGCCUGUAGUGAUGGAACAUGUGUUGCCACAACAAAGCUGUGUGAUGGAUCGAGAGACUGUCCAGAUGGAGAGGACGAGAACAGAACCAACUGCUACUCUGUUAUCAUCACACCAGCUCCUUCACCUGCCACUCCGACCACACCCACUUUAGCUUGUAGGUCCUAUGAGUUUGAAUGUGCCACUGGUGGGCAGUGUGUGCCUCAGGCCUGGCGGUGUGAUGGGGAGACAGACUGUAUGGAUGGUAGUGAUGAACAGCAGUGUCCUACACUCUGUGGUCCUGGACAGGUGCCUUGCCUCAGUGGAGACCAGUGUGUGGAUUACCAGCAGCUCUAUAAAACUAUCUCACCAGCGCCCCCUGGCAGAAGGAACACCACCACUACCUGUCCAGAAUUCACCUGUAUGGAUGGAUCCUGCAUCCCCUUCAACAUGGUAUGUAAUGGUGUGGCAGAUUGCCCAGAUUCCUCACUAGCAGCACUCGGGGGCCCCACAGAUGAGCAAGGUUGCAGAAGUUGGAGCUUCUGGGGUCCCUGGAGCCCCUGCAGCGCCUCCUGUGGUACAGGCUCCAUGAGCCGACAGAGAUCAUGUCCUCCAGGAGACCCCCUGCGCCGCUGUCAGGGCCAGGAGGUCCAGAGGCAGCAGUGCUUCAACACCACAUGCCCUGUGGAUGGUCAGUGGCUGCCUUGGGUGAGUUGGUCAAACUGUUCCAGUGGUUGUGGAGGAGUGGAGGUCAGACACAGAAGCUGCAUCCCUCCUCGCUACGGAGGCCGAGACUGCGCGCAGCUUCCUGGAUCAUCUAACGUCACCAUGGAAAUCAAGCCUUGUCCUAACGAUGGCUGUGUCAACACCAGCUGUCCCACUGGCUUGGUGAGACACAGCUGUGCUCCCUGCCCAGUGUCCUGCGCCCACAUCAGCAGCGGGACAACUUGUGAUCCCUCUGCACCCUGCUUCUCAGGUUGCUGGUGUCCACAGGGCCAGGUGAUGAACCACAACCAGCAGUGUGUGUCACCAGAGGAAUGUGUGUGCGAGGUGGCAGGUGUGCGCUACUGGCCGGGCCAGCAUAUGAAGGUGGACUGUGAGAUUUGUAUUUGUGAGAGAGGAAGGCCUCAGAGCUGCCAGCCCAACCCAGACUGCUCAGUGCACUGUGGCUGGUCAUCAUGGUCUGAAUGGGGAGAGUGUUUGGGGCCCUGUGGCGUCCAGAGUGUCCAGUGGUCUUUCCGUAGCCCAAACAACCCCACUAAACAUGGAGACGGGAGAACGUGUAGAGGUAUCUACCGGAAAGCGCGUCGGUGUCAGACUGACCCCUGUGAUGAGUGCGAGUACCAGGGUAUGUCCCAUGCUGUGGGACAAAGAUGGAAGUCGGACCCCUGCCAGUUAUGUCACUGUCUGCCCAACCUUACAGUGCAGUGUUCCCCCUACUGCCCUUUCGCUGUCACUGGAUGCCCACAGGGCCAAAGUCUGGUGCCUGGAGAGGGAGACAGAUGUUGUUACUGCCAAGGAGCCAAUGACACCGUUCCAGUGACAAUCAGCCCUGACACUGUGAUCUCCACGCCUGGAGAGGGCACUAAACCCGUGGUUCCCACAUAUCCACUUCCUCCUGGUGAUGAGUGUUGGUCUCCUCUGGGUGUUCAGACUCUCCCGGCCUCCAGUUUCAGUGCCUCAUCUCAGCAGCCUGGUCACCCCCCUGAGGCAGCUCGUCUCCAUGGUCCAGAACCAGAUGAAUAUAAGGACCUUCCACAGCGGAGCCCUGAGGGACACAGUGGCAACACACAAAGCCCCUAUCUACAGAUAGACCUACUGAAGUCAUACAGCAUCACUGGCGUGCUAACACAGGGUGGUGGUGUGUUUGGCACUUAUGUAUCCAGCUUCUACCUACAAUUCAGCAAAGAUGGCAGUCAGUGGUACACUUACAAAGAGCUCAUCACCGAUGCCCGGCCCAGAGCCAAGGUUUUCUCUGGCAACCAUGACGAUCGAGGGGUGGCUGAGAGCAGACUGGACAGGAUGGUGUCAGCACAGUUUGUCCGCCUGCUGCCACAUGACUUUCAGAAUGGCAUCUACCUUCGCCUUGAGAUCAUGGGCUGUGGAGAUGUAGGAGGCUGCAGAGAGAAGGAAUUCCAGUGUGAGAAUGGCCGCUGUGUGCCAGCAGGUCCACUGGGAGUUGUCUGUGAUGGGGUCAACAACUGUGGUGAUGGAUCAGAUGAGAAGUACUGCGGUGUUAUUUCCAUGUCUUCCCUCAUCCAUGUCUCUUUCUCUUCAUCUGCUACUUCAGGUACAGCUCCAACUAGAGGCUCUCCAGGUCUGCAGAACCAGACCAGCUCUACAGGGCGACCAGGUUUCCAUAAUGACAGUACAACAGGUGCCCCAGGCCUCCAUUCCACCAGGUCUGGAGGUGGCCUUCCUGGUGUGGCUACACCAGGAGUCACAGGUCAACCUGGACUUCAGAAGCCUACAACCCCAAGCACUGGACCUGGGCUGCAAACCACAAAAGGUGAGAGCCAAACCCCCUGGAUCACCACAACCCCUCAUGAUGGUGGCCUACCCAGAGUGCUUUGCGUGGAGGGCCAGUUCGCAUGCCGCUCAUUUGGCUGUGUGGACUCGGCGCAGGUGUGUGACGGCAGACGGGACUGUGUGGAUGGGUCCGAUGAAGAACGCUGUGGCACCACCGCUAAACCAGUGACUCCACAGCGCCCCCUAGUUCCCAACCCCUGCUCUCCCAAACAGUUCUCCUGUGGCAGUGGGGAGUGCGUUCACCUGGAUCGUCGGUGUGACCUGCAGAAGGACUGCGUGGAUGGAUCAGAUGAGAAAGACUGUGUGGACUGCAUCAUGUCCCCGUGGACAGCAUGGAGUGCAUGCAGUGUGUCCUGUGGUCUUGGCUCCUUGUUCCGACAGAGGGACAUAUUGAGGGAGGCUCUACCUGGAGGGGCUUGUGGUGGAGCCCAAUUUGACAGUCGAGCCUGCUUCCCUCGAGCGUGUCCAGUUGACGGUCAUUGGUCAGAGUGGACAGAGUGGUCAGAAUGUGACGCUGAGUGUGGAGGGGGUGUCAAGCAGAGGAACAGAACCUGCUCUGCUCCUCCCCCGAAGAACGGUGGGCGAGACUGCGAGGGCAUGACCCUGCAGAGCCAGAGCUGCAACACACAACCCUGUACCAAAGACAUCGACACACAGACAGGUUGUGUCAAUGGCAUGGUGCUGGUGAAUGAGGCGGACUGUAAGGCUGGGAGAGUUGAGCCCUGUCCUCCUACCUGCUCACAUCUCAGCUUGACCAACAACUGCACUGCAGCAUGUGUACCAGGGUGUCGCUGUCCCACUGGUUUGUACCUGCAGCAAGGACGAUGUGUGAAUGCCAGCCAAUGUGUGUGUCAUUGGGACGGCCAAACACUUCAGCCAGGACAGACAGUCAACAGGGACCAGUGUACCAAAUGUGUCUGCAAACAUGGACAAAUCAUCUGUGACCCCUCCAGCUGUAUGGCAAGCUGUCAUUGGUCAGCAUGGUCGUCAUGGUCACCAUGUGACGUGACAUGUGGACUGGGGCUACAACAACGCUACAGGCCAGGCCCACUUGCACCAAUCAUCAGAGUCCAGCCCUGUCAAGGAGAUGCUUCUGAAGCCCGCCGCUGCUCCAGCCCCUGCCUGCCUGAUGGAGUUUGGAGUAAAUGGACCAGUUGGUCAGAGUGCAGUAAGACGUGUUUCCACCACGUAGACGAUGUGGGAAUCAGGCGGCGAUUCCGCAGCUGCAACCACACACUCACAUCCUCCAACCGCACACACUCGCUCUCUGCCUGCGAUGGAGACAGCGAGGAGCAAGAGCCUUGCAACACUGUCCAGUGUCCAGUGAAUGGCGGUUGGUCAGAGUGGUCAUCAUGGUCUCAGUGUACUUCUGAGUGUGAUUCUGGCGUCCAGACAAGAGAACGAUUCUGCAGCUCUCCAUCACCACAAUAUGGGGGUAACAGCUGCAGCGGUCCACACAUGCAGACAAGAGACUGCAACUCUCACCCCUGCUCGGGUGUGUGUCCAGAGGGCAUGGUGUACAUGACAGCAGCCGAGUGCGAGGCUCAGGGCGGUGCUUGUCCGCGGGUGUGUUUGGACAUGACCUCCGCAGAGGUGCAGUGUGCCACCGCAUGUUACGACGGCUGCUACUGCGCCCUGGGCUUCUACCUGUUCAACAGCAGCUGUGUGCCACUGGCACAGUGCCCAUGUUACCACCAGGGGGAGCUGUACCCUACCGGUGCCACCCUGCCUGUGGACACCUGCAAUAACUGCACUUGCACUAAUGGAGAAAUGGAGUGUGGAACAGCUCCCUGCCCUGUGGACUGUGGCUGGAGCAGCUGGACGCAGUGGAGCGCUUGCAGUCGAACAUGUGACGUCGGUGUGAGAAGGCGGUACCGAUCAGGGACCAAUCCCCCUCCAGCUUUUGGCGGACACCCGUGCAAAGGAGACAGAGUUGGGAUUGACACCUGUAGCAUUGAACCCUGCUUCGGUGUGAAGGAGCCAUGGAGCUCUUGGUCAGAAUGUUCAGUGACGUGUGGAGGAGGUUACAGGACCCGAACACGUGGGCCCAUCCGAACCCAUGGCACCCCUCAGCAGUUCAGCGCCUGUAACCUGCAGCCAUGUGGUGAUGGCAGAGUGUGUCCACCUGGCCAGGAGUGGAAGCAGUGUGUGAGGGGAGCAUUGUCCUGUACAGACCUCUCGAUGGACAUCAGCAGUAACUGUACACCAGGCUGCCAGUGUCCACACGGGACUGUCCAGCAGGAUAGUGUGUGUGUCCAGGAGGCUGAGUGUCGCUGUGAUGUGGAUGGAGAGCAGUAUAAACCUGGGGACAUAGUUUCAACUGAUUGCAACAACUGUACUUGUCUUUAUCUAACUAUUUCAUUGUUUACACACACACAAUCUCCAGUUGAUGGCCAGUGGUCUCUGUGGACUCCCUGGGGUCAGUGUUCCGUCUCGUGUGGAGCAGGUCUCCAGUCUCGCUACCGGUUCUGUUCCAGCCCCCCACGCUCCGGCAGCGGCCUGCCAUGUCUGGGACCUCACCGUGAGGAUCAAGUAUGCAUCACCGCCCCAUGUGACCGUGAUGGCGGCUGGGGUCAGUGGACUAACUGGACAGACUGUACCAAGUCAUGCGGCGGGGGUGUUCGGAGCAGGAGGAGAGAGUGUGACAGUCCCACUCCAGAGGGGGAAGGGAAUUACUGCGAGGGACUAGGGACAGAGGUUAUCACCUGUAACACUGACCACUGCCCAGUGGCGCCAUGCUCCAAAGUACCAGGCACAGUGUUCAGUAGCUGCGGACCCUCCUGCCCACGCUCCUGUGAUGAUCUGGCACAUUGUGAGUGGAGUUGUGAGCCAGGAUGCUACUGUACAGAAGGAAAGAUCCUGUCUGCUAACGGGACAGUGUGUGUAGAGAGAGAAGACUGUCCCUGCCUGGAUCUGAGCACUGGAGGCCGACUGGAGCCAGGAGAGACCACUGUAGCCCCUGAUGGAUGUAACAACUGCACCUGUGAAGAAGGGAGACUCAACUGCACCAGAUAUCCUUGUCCAGUGUCAGGCGGCUGGUGUGAGUGGUCAGAGUGGACUCCUUGCUCCAGGACCUGUGGGGCAGAGUCGGUGUCCCGCUACAGGAGCUGUGGCUGUCCCGAGCCCAAGGCAGGAGGGGAGCCCUGCUCUGGAGAACAGGAAAUACAUAACGGGAUCGGGGUUCAAAUCCAGAGACAGCCCUGCCCUGUUAUCACCUUCUGUCCAGUCCAUGGUUCUUGGAGUCCCUGGUCAACUUGGUCAGAUUGUGACGGGUGCGCCGGAUCGUCCACUCGUACCAGGGACUGUAACAGCCCUCCCGCCAGAUUCGGUGGUCUGCCCUGUCUCGGAGAAAGCAGACAGCGCCGCAGUUGCCACGACAACGUUACGGUCUGCUCAGACUGCGGUGGAGGCCAGGAAGAAUGGCCUUGCGGAAAGCCCUGUCCCCGCUCGUGCUCCGAUCUCCAUGGCGACACAGUGUGCCUGGACUCCCCCGAGUGCAGCCGGACCUGCGGUUGUCCGGGCGACUCGGUCCUCCAGGACGGAGCGUGCGUGGCGAGGGAGGAGUGUCGCUGCAAGUACCACAACAGCUCUGCUACUGGUGAGAGCCACAAUGUGUUUACAUGAAGUGGUCUAGAUUCCAGCAAUGCAUCAUGGGUAUGGCCUGGUGGGUCUGAUUGGCAGUUUGUAAACCCAGGAGACAGCGUCAUCAGUGACUGCAAAAACUGUUCAUGUGAGGCCGGGGUUUUACAGUGUCAUUCAGUACCCGGUUGCCACGUCGACGGUGACUCAGUGGGUCCGUGGCUCCCCUGGUCUCAGUGGUCAGCGUGUUCGGUCAGCUGUGGCGGAGGGCAGCAGUUCCGCUCUCGUAUCUGCAGCUCUCCACCCUGCAACGGCCUCAACCGCCAGAGCAAGACCUGCAACACCCAGGUCUGCCUCGAAGUGGGCUGUCCUCCUGGCAGGCUGUACAGGGAGUGCGAACGAGGUGAAGGUUGUCCUUUCAGCUGCGCUCAGGUCAGCGGCAGGGAGGGUUGCUACUCAGAUGGAUGCGAGGAGGGCUGCCACUGCCCCCCUCACACCUACCAACACCACGGACUCUGCCUGCAGGAGUGUCCGUGCCUUGUGGACAAAGAAUUUCUGGCUUCUCUUCAGAGUUUCUCUAUCAUGCCGGUCUCAUCUCUGCUCCUCCAUAACAUCUCUGAGGGAGUGGAGCUCCAGCCUGGAGAGACACUGAUUUAUGACUGCAGCUCCUGCGGCUGUGAGCACGGCAGGUGGAACUGUUCCUUUGAGUACUGCCCCGUUGACGGUGGUCUGUCACCAUGGGGCCCCUGGAGCCCCUGCUCGCUGUCCUGUGGAGGUCUGGGACUGAAGACUCGCUCCAGGGGCUGCACUCAGCCCGCCCCGGCCCACGGAGGGAGAGACUGCCAGGGGCCAAUACAGGAAACCACAUACUGCCAAGCCCCUGACUGCCCAGACGAGGAUUCUGGCUUCUCUCCCUGGUCUCUGUGGAGUCCCUGCACUAAAACCUGCAGUGAUGCUCUCAGGCCGGCCACCAAGUCCCGCCAUCGACGGUGUAUCAAACCUCCCUGCUCUGGAAACUCUCAGCAGGAAAAAGCCUGUAACCUUCCCCAGUGUCCCGGUGGUGGUGGUGACGUAUGUGUGGGGCCCGACUGUGUGAAGAGGAACUGCUCGUGGACAGAGUGGGGGGAGUGGGGCUCUUGUUCUCGGUCCUGCGGGGUGGGGCAGCAGCAUAGGAUCCGAACCUUCCACAGCCCCGGUACCAACGGCUCGUGGUGUGAAGACAUCCUAGGAGGAAACCUGGAACAUCGCUUCUGUAACAUCAAGCCCUGCAGAGUGGAUGGAGGCUGGUCCAGGUGGAGUCCCUGGUCCCGCUGUGAUAAGCGCUGCGGUGGCGGGCGCUCCAUACGCACCCGCUCCUGCUCCAGCCCUCCACCUAAGAACGGUGGAAAGAAAUGUGAAGGAGAGAAGAACCAGGUCAAACCCUGCAACACCAAGCCCUGCGAUGAGAAAGGGUGCCCGCCGGGCCAGGAGUUCGUGUUGUGUGCCAACCAGUGUCCCCAGCGCUGCUCAGACCUCCAGCAGGGCAUCGAGUGCCAGGGCAACGCCGAAUGUCAACCCGGCUGUCGCUGCCCUAAAGGCCAAUUGCAGCAGGAUGGCGCGUGUGUACAGCUGUGGCAGUGCGACUGCGUGGACUCACUGGGGCAGGUUUGGGCGGCCGGCAGCUGGCAUCAGGUGGAGUGUAACAACUGCAGCUGCUCUGACGGACAACUCCUCUGCACCAAUCACAGCUGCCAGCCCAUCUGCACUUGGAGCUCCUGGUCCAGUUGGGCGUCAUGCAGCGUUUCCUGUGGGCAGGGCCAGAGAACCAGAUACAGAUCUCUUGUCUCAGAGACCGGGGGGACAGAUUGCCAUUUUGAAGAAGUCCAGCGUAAGUCCUGCGAUCCAGGACCCUGCCCACCUCUCUGUCUCCACGAUGACAAGGAACUCUAUGUGGGAGACACCUGGCUGCAAGGAGAGUGUAAACAAUGCACAUGCACUCCAGAGGGAGAUUACUGCCAAGACAUCGACUGCAGAGUGGAUGGUGGUUGGACCCCGUGGUCGGUGUGGUCUGACUGCUCAGCGACCUGUGGGCGGGGCACGCAGGUUCGAACCCGUGCCUGCAUCAACCCCCCACCACGAAACAAUGGAUCUCACUGUGAGGGACCAGAGAGAGAAACCCAGGACUGUCAGAUUCCUCCUUGUCUGGAUGACCUUUGUCCCUGGUCGCCAUGGUCACCAUGCUCCCGGAGCUGUGGCGCAGGGUCCGUGGCGCGCCACAGGGUGUGUGUGUGUGAGGAGGGAGGAGACGCUGCCUGUCCCGAUGAGAUCGAGGCAGAGAGGAACAGAGAGGAGACCCAACUGUGUUACAAACAACCCUGUCCAGGUUGUCCCAUGUCAGAGUGGAGUGUUUGGUCUGAGUGCUCCUGUGUGUCUCAGAGGCAGCAGCGCUACCGUGUGGCUCUGUCCCCCGCCACCAGGGGACAACAGUGCACUCCUGUCGAAACGCAGAGCAGGACGUGCAGCCUCAGUCAGUGUGAUGACUGUGAAGCCCCCUUCGUGUACUCAGAGUGUGGUGCUCCCUGUGAGAAGCACUGUGCACUGCAGGGCCGUCAAGAUCUGUGUUUGGGUGUUAAAGAGUGUACACCUGGCUGCUACUGCCCACAGGGUCUGCUGCAGCAGAAUGGUAGCUGUGUUCCUCCAGAGGAGUGUGGCUGUAUCUACCUGCAACACCAAACUUCUGGACAAACUCCCACACCUGUCACUGUACCUCAGGGAGCCACGGUCACCAUAGGCUGCAGUACCUGCCUCUGCCAUGAUGGGACUUUGCAGUGUGACAUGAGAGAGUGUGAAGUCAUCCUCAGCGAGUGGUCAGAGUGGACUCCCUGCUCUCCCUGCGUACCCUCCUCACAGAACAGCACCUUUCCAUCAGAGGUCAACGGAACUAAAAUGAUCUCGAUCCAGAGGCGUUUCCGAGGCUGUUUAGACCUGGAUUCUGGCCUCCCAGUGUCCGGAGACCAGGAGGAGAGCCAAUGUCAAGGGCCGCUGGUAGGGGAGAGACUGUGUCCAGAUCCUAACAUCUGUAGAGAUCUGUGUCAGUGGAGCGCAUGGAGUGGCUGGACGGUCUGUGCAGAGCCGUGCAGCGGUGGAGUCAGGCAGCGCUACAGGCGGCCCCUGGCCUCUGAUCCGGGGCCCCGCUGUAAGAGCCAACAGACACAGAGCCAGAGCUGCAACACAGGACUCUGCCCAGGUGAGCGCUGUGAGGACAGGGGGAGGAUCUACCAAGAGGGCUGUGCCAAUCAGUGUCCUCGCAGCUGCACUGACUUAUGGGAGCAUGUGCAGUGUCUCCAAGGAGCCUGUCACUCAGGUUGUCGGUGUCCAGAGGGACAGCUGCUGCAGGACAGUCACUGUGUGCCAGUGACAGAGUGCCGCUGUGGUAUCCCAUCAGGCAACGGGACACUGGAGUUCAACCCUACAGACAAGCUUACCAUGGACUGCAACACCUGUGUGUGUGAGAAUGGCACUCUGGUGUGCACCAAGCUUCCCUGCCCAGUGUAUGAGCCCUGGAGCCAAUGGAGUACCUGCUCAGCUUCUUGUGGGCGUGGCCAGAUGACAAGGACACGCCUCUGCCAGGACACAAAGGACGGUCCUUCCUGUGCUGACACCACACAGACAGAGAGCUGUGAUCUGCCAGCAUGUCCAGCGGGAUGUUUGCUGAGCGAGUGGUCACCCUGGAGUGAGUGCAGCACCACAUGCGGCGGCGGGUUGUCGGUGCGGAACAAGACUGUCCUUCAGGAGCCGGAGCCUGGAGGGACGGCCUGUGCUGGACCACUUGAGCAGCACACUGUCUGUAACACUAACAGCUGCCUGCCUGAGUGUCCCACUGGCCAGGUGUUCAAUGACUGCUCAGGUUCUUGUCCGUACACCUGUGAGGACCUGUGGCCACACACUCAGUGUUUAGCUGGACCUUGCACUCCUGGGUGCACCUGCCCCACUGGACAGGUGUUGUACGAAGGCUCCUGUGUGUCCCAUGCAGACUGUCCCUGUUCUCCACUCUCUCUGCCGGCUGCUUACCAAAGCAGGAAUGUCAGUACUGAAGAGCUCAGAGAAGCCCUGCUGCCACCUGGAACAACCAUUGAGCACCUCUGCAACACAUGCGUGUGCCAAGCAGGAGCGUUUAACUGUACCUCAAAGCUGUGUGACGUGGACUGCGAGUGGUCCAGCUGGUCCCGCUGGAGCCCAUGCUCGGCCAGCUGUGGUACAGGACAACAGAGCUCCACCAGAAGCAUCGUGGAGCCCAGCCAGUAUGGAGGGGCUCCAUGUGAGGGCCCUGACCACCGUAGCACUGCUUGUGUGGCCCCUGACUGUGCGUGUCCCGCGGGGGAGCAGUGGAGGAGGAGGAGCGCGUCGGAGGAGGCGCCCCUGCUGUGCGAGAGGAGCUGCCUCGACAUCUACUCCUCCUCUCCCGUCAACUGCAGCCGCUCGGCCGAGGGCUGCGUGUGUCGAGAGGGGCUUUAUCGAAACACGGAGGGCGUUUGUGUUAUCCCUGCCCUCUGCCCCUGCCAUGACCAGAACAUCCUGCGGGAGGCAGGAUCAGAGUGGGAGGAAGGCUGCCUGUCGUGUCGCUGUGUGAACGGGCAAAAAGUUUGCCAGCUGAGAUGCCCCCCACUGCAGUGUGAAGAGGGGGAAGUGAAGGUGGAGGAACCAGGGAGCUGUUGUCCAGUCUGUAGGAAACACUUUCCAGACGAGCCCGUGCCAGAGUGUCGUCGCUACGUGCAAGUCAGGAACAUCACUAAAGGAGACUGUCGGCUCGACAACAUAGAGGUCAGCUUCUGCAGGGGACGCUGUCUCUCCGGGGCUGAUGUCAUUCUCGAGGAGCCGUACCUCCAGUCACUGUGCGAGUGCUGCAGUUACCGCCUGGACCCGGACAGCCCGGUCCGCUUCCUCAGCCUGCUGUGCUCGAGCGGGGAGAGCGAGCCCGUCGUCCUGCCCGUCAUCCACAGCUGCGAGUGCACCAGCUGCCAAGGAGGUGAUCUGUCCAGACGCUGAGCGAGCAUGAGUGUGUGUGUGUAAAUGUGAAUGUGUGUAUGCACUAGAGAGAGAGAGAGAGAGAGAGAGAGAGAGAGAGAGAGAGAGAGAGAGAGAGAGAGAGAGAGAGAGAG